AUGGGCAAGGGAUUCACCAUCGACAAGUCCCUGGAGGCCACCAUGCAUCAGUACCAGAUCGUCGGCCGUGCCGCGCCCACCCCGAAGAACCCAACGCCGAAGAUCUACCGAAUGAGGAUUUUUGCUCGCAAUGUGGUCUUGGCAAAGUCCCGCUUCUGGUACUUCAUGAAGAGGCUCAACAAGGCGAAGAAGAGUGGCGGUGAGCUGCUGUCCGUGAAUGAGCUGCACGACACCUCCCCUACCAAGGUGAAGAACUACGGAAUCUGGCUGCGAUACGACAGCCGCACGAACACCCACAACAUGUACAAGGAGUUCCGCAACGUGAACAUCAAUGGCGCCGUGGGGCAGCUGUACCAGGAGAUGGCGGGCCGACACCGGGCAGACCCUGGAUCCAUCCAGAUCAUCCAUGCCACUACUAUCCCCGACGACAAGUGCCGCCGUGAGCACGUGAUGGAGAUGCACGACCGCAAGCUCAAGUUCCCCGUCGUCAGGAAGAUCCCCCAUGCGGCCAAGAAGCUUCGCACCACCUUCAAGGCUUCGGAAGAUCCUUGGGCCCCGUGGUUUAGGGUUUGGGGUUUUAGGGUUUUAGGGUUUUAG